AUGGAGUCGGCUCAGAGGGCCCUCGCGGGCAAGAAGACGCUAUGGCAGUCCAUUUGCUCAAACCCCAAAGUCGUCUUCAUCGCGCUGUUCGCGUCUCUUGGUGGCUUCGAAUAUGGCUAUCAGCAAGGUGUCUUGGGUCAGUCCCUCGUCAUGACGCGCUUCACCUCCAACUUCCCCUCCGUCGUCCACUCCUCCUCGGCCACAGGCUGGUUGACGUCCAUCCUCCAGCUCGGCGGCAUCCUGGGCUCCCUGUCCGCCGGCAUCCUCAGCGAGCUCAUCUCGCGAAAGCGCACCAUGUUCGUCGCUUGCCUUUGGGUCAUUCUGGGCAGCUACCUUUACAUCGGCGCCCGGGCUGGCGCGCCCUCCCUCCUCUACGCCGGCCGCUUCUUCACCGGUGUCGGCGUCGGCAUCUUCAGCGGCGUCGCGCCGCUGUACAACGCCGAGCUCUCCCUCCCCGAGAUGCGCGGCUUCCUCGUCUCCUUCUACCAGUUCGCCACCAUCCUCGGCAUCAUGCUCUCCUUCUGGAUCGGCUACGGUAGCAAUUACAUCGGCGGCACCGGCGACUCCCAGUCCGACAUGGCCUGGCGGCUGCCGUCCAUCAUCCAGGGACUGCCGGCGGCCGCCCUGGCCGUCGGCAUCUGGUUCAUGCCGUACUCUCCGCGCUGGCUGGUCAAGGUGGGACGCGACGAGGAAGCCAGGGCGACGCUGGCCUGGAUGAGGAAGCUGCCCCUGGAUGACAAAUUGGUCGAGGCGGAAUUCUUGGAAAUCAAGGCCGAAUCUGUCUUUGAGAGAAAGGCGUUUGCCAGAGACUUUCCGUCACUGGCCGAGGCAGCCGGUCAAAACGGCUUCAAGGAGCAGAUUGCCCAGUACAUCAACUGCUUUCGAACCCGUGAUAACUUUAUGAGAAUUUCAACGGGAUUCCUCACAAUGUUCUGGCAGCAAUGGACUGGAAUUGACGCAAUAGUAUACUACUGUACAAGCAUCUUCCAAAGCCUCGGGUUGACGUCUGGGACAAAUGCGUUGCUGGCGACUGGCGUCACCGGCGUGGUGUUCAUGGCUAGCACGAUCCCCGCAAUGUUCAUCAUUGAUAGAGUGGGCCGAAAGCCCAUGUUAAUUGUCGGGUCGGUAGUCAUGGGAAUUGCCAUGGUCGCCGUUGGCAUCAUCGUGGCCAAGUUUAGACACGACUGGGCCACCCACGCUGCAGCAGGCUGGACCGCUGUCGCGCUCAUUUGGGUAUACAUUGCCGGGUUCGGCGCGACCUGGGGUCCGGUGUCCUGGACGCUCGUGUCCGAGAUCUUCCCCCUUUCCAUCCGCGCCAAGGGAACCUCCAUCGGCGCCUUCAGCAACUGGCUCAACAACUUUGCCAUUGCCUUCUUCGUCCCGCCCAUGCUCGAGGCCUGGGCCUGGGGCACGUACAUCUUCUUCGCCGUUUUCCUGGCCGCCGGCACCGUAUGGGUUUGGCUCUGCCUGCCAGAGACCAAGAACGCGAGCUUGGAGGAGAUGGAUCGCGUCUUUAAAAGCCACACUGGCGCGAGGGACGCGCAGCUGUUGCUCGAGGCGCAGCAGGAAGUUGGUCUUACGGCGCUGUUUGAGAGCCAAGGCAUGGUUCACGACAAGUCUGGGUCCGUUGCUGUGGUUGAGCACGUCUAA